AUGUCGCGGAAUCCAAACGACAAGUCAUCGAGCUACUCCUCACAAGGCACAACGACGACUUCAGCACGACCGCCAGCGCGAAGAGGGCCAUCAGGGGCAUGGAGCAGAUUCAGACCAGCGGUGACAGACCCUCUCGAAGUGUACGGCUUGCCGUCGAAGGGCGAGACGAGACUCCAUGACUACAAGGCUCAGGAGAACUACUACACCAAGAUCGUCGAGCGAUACAUGAAGUUCUGUGCUUCGACUGGAGGAGGUGAAGGGCUUGAAAGAGCGUUUGCAGAGCUAUCAGUGGACGAUGCUCCUCCUUCACGUCCUGCCGAACCUUCCACCGAAGCACGCCCCGGCCUCCCCCACCGCGGCUCCAGCACCGAACGACCCAACGACAUGCCAACCAUCCUGCUUGCUAUGAGGAAGCUGAGAGAAGGGAUCCUCGGCUCUCGACGACGGGAUCAAUUUGCCCAGCGAGCUUACAUGUUCAUCAUCCACGCCUGCAUUCUGACCAAGCACUGGGAGUCUUACCAGCCGGCUUUGCUAUAUCUGCUUUACUCGAUUCAUCCAUGCACGCCGCUCUCAACUCCAGAAGUACAGGAGUUCGUCGGCUACCACAUCCUGGAUCUUGGGUGCCGGCAGUAUGAGCUGGUGGACGCUUUGACUGUGAAGCUGGAGUUCCGGCAUCGGGAUCGCAAGGUCAACGUCGUGUUGAAGUCGCUGGUGCACGAUGACUGGGUGCGCUUCUGGAGGACUCGGCGGGCUGUCGAUGGGUAUCAGAGAGCGAUCAUGGAGUUUGCCUCGGAGCGAAUGCGUCUGCACGCUCUGAAGUGCGUUGGCAAAAGCUACCUCAAUGCCGACAAAGCUUUCAUCGAGCGGACUGGCGAUGCGCGGUGGGAAGACCUUGUCAAGGGUGGUGUUGGGUGGCAGCUGCAAGAGAACGGCAAUGUUGUUAUCCGGAAGCCGAAGCCGAAGUGA